GAUUCGAGAACUCCUCCUCCUUUUGGACUUUGCUUUCUCUCCGACGACGAUCUUGGUAUAAAGAACUUACUGCAGCGGGAAAUCGACUUUCAAAUUCGAAGGAUUUGGUCGAUGAUCCUGUAAAUUCGCUAGUUUAGAAGUGUCUUCUUCCUCAUAGCUGUAGAUUUUAACCUAAAAUUUUUCAUCUGAGCGAAAGAAAUGGAUUCGGAUGCUGUGAAGGAGUUUAUACGAAGGGAAGUUCCGGAUUGGGACGAUGAGGUGGUGUCGACGGCCAGAUUCAAGGCGUUUAGCGGGCAGAGAUACGAUUGGGAACCUAAAUUUCAGUUUUGGCGGGAUUUGAUCCUCAAGGUUUCGCGUCAGUUCGGGAUGUUCAUCAUUGAUCCUGUUCAGGUGAAGAACGCGUGGUUUGAACGAGGAGGUAUGACGCCUUUAUGCGUUGAUCAUGUACUGUUAUUGAUGCAUAGUGAAGAUGAUGUCGUGCGGAUUAGUGAUCUUGAUGACCCCUGUAGUGGCCGUAUAUCUCGUUUAUUUAGGACAGUAAGCAACUUAGUUGCUCAACCGUCAGUGAAGCCCGGAGAGAUUCUGGAAGAUAAACUUGUUAUUUUUCCACUCUUAAAGGAGAAGGCGGCUGAUGUGGUGAAUAUUUUGUCUGAGGGACACUGGACUUCUACUUGUGUUGUCACACUGAAGAAGUUCCGGAGUUUGUGCAACGGUUCGAAUGAGGCAUCAGCUGUUUUGAGUCACUUGUCAGGGUGUGGGAAAGCGCAUAAAAUCUCUAUCAAUCGUGGAGAACUGAUUGAGGGUGUUAAAGUGUCCAUUUCAAAAGCAGCACUUCCCAGCAUCUCAAAUUUAGACUGUGACAUUCUGCACUUGCUAAGGACUACAGAAAAGCUUCAAGAUCAACUUGAAGUGAUGGACCAGCGUUGUGAAACGUCAAAGAAAUCAGCUUUGUUAUCUCUAAAGUCUGGACACAAGCAAGUUGCUCUAAGGCAUGCAAGGCAACUGAAGCUGGCGACUGAGAGCAGAGAAAAAUGCACUUCACUUCUGAACAGAGUAGAGGAAGUGUUGAACGCUAUAACAGAUUCCGAAUCGACGAAAAUGGUCUCAGAAGCAAUCAAAACUGGAGCUAAGGUUAUGAAGGACAUCAAAAUCAGUGCAGAUGAAGUUCAUGACUAUUUGGAAGAACUUGAGGAAACUAUUGAAUCACAGAAGGAAGUAGAAAAAGCUCUUGAGUCAGCUCCAUAUCCAGAUAUUGAUGACGAAAAUAUCGAAGAAGAAUUAUUGGAAUUAGAGAUGGAGCUUGAAAGCGAAAAUUCCCAAGUCCAACCAGGAAUCUCAGAUACUGCAGAUUCACUGACUGAGAUGUUAUCAGAGCUUAAACUUGGCUAUACGAAACAAACGUUGGAAGAGCAAGCUACUGAGCCAGUUCGGAUGAAAGAUACCGGAAAAAAGAUUCUUGAACCAGCAUAGCAGAACAACGUACAGUAUCUUCAUUCUGGUGCGAUCUCUUCUCUUUGUACUAUGAGAGGAAAAGUCACUCAGUAUCAUGUAAAUAGAUUAGAACCUGGUAAAGUCAGUUCUAUAGUAUUUGUAAGCUAUAUGUCUUUUGUUGGGAUCCUAGAAACAAAAGCUUUACUCCUUUGUGUAAACUCAAGAGCUUGUUUCAUAAACAGAGCGGAAGGUCGAAUUAUGAUUUUGAUUGCUCUGAUAGUGGCUCAUAUUUUGGUAAUAUUACUAGCGAGUCACGAUUA